UAAAUUUUGCUUUGGUUUGACAUAGGUAGUCUGAAGUUUCAAGGAAUUGCAUAUGCUUUUCUUUCUAAUUUUAACUCUUAUUUAUUUGUAUAGAAUAAAAUAUCUGACGUGGGAAUUUUCAAACAAUCAUUUAUAUUUUUAUUGAUAAAGAUAGAUUUUCAAUCCAAACUUCAACGAUGAAUUUCUUUCUGAUAUUUUUGGUACUGUUUUUUGUCUCUGGAAAAUGUUUGACGUCACCUUUUUGUUGUGAAAAAACAUAUUAUUAUGCUGAGCUUUUGCUAAGUUUAAGAUGUGGUAUCUCAAUAUGCAAUUCUAAUGAAAAGGCUCCUGGAAAUAUAUGUAUUUCCUGCUCUACUGCUGUGCCUAUGCAUCAAAAUAGUUCCUAUGUUUUAAGUUCUACUAGUUUUGUGAAACCAUAUGUAGUUUGCAAAGAUUACGAAGUAAACAAUAAUAUAACAAUGGGACAUGUAGUUCUUUCUUGGUCUUGGUAUGGCAAAAAAGUUUUUCCUUCUUUUUUUCUACUUGAAAUCCGAAAUUCCUCUAGAAAACAUGCAAAAUGGGAUUUUGUUGGAAUGACAAAUGAAACAUUUGCUGAUGUGAGAAACCUAAAUCCAGAAGUUGAAUAUCAAUUUCGAAUUUCGCCAGCUAUUUCUCAUCAAAAUACAAUUCCUUUUUUAACAAAUUGGAUUUCACUAAAAGAAUUAAGACAAAAUAUAAGUGCACCAAAUGAUGUUAGAAUAUCAAAAUUUUAUGUAAAGAAUAACUCUGUGGAGGCCAUUGUCAAAUGGAAUGCUUCUGCAGAAAUUCCAUGCUCUUAUAUUGUGAAUUGGUUUCCUGCUUUUGGUGGAGAAAAUUUUCAGCAAGAGACAGUAACUCUACCACCUGAUUCUCUAUCCCUUAUACUUUCUGGAUUGGAAUUUGAUAGAAACUACUCUGUAAUUGUCUCUCCAGUGAACUUUCAAAAUCUGAGAAUGUCCUAUUCAGCUGAAGUUUGGUUUGUUACUCCCUCAUGUCUCAAUUUAACUAGAGCCAAUUUCAGCAUUUGUGCACCUGGCCCUCCUCUGAAUCUGAUGGCUGAGUGGUUGCCUUCUAAUACAGAAGCUGUGAUAAAAUGGCUCCCACCAACUUACACAACAUUAACUAAUAAUGUCCUAAAUUACCACAUUGCAGUGGGAGAAAUAUCAGGAUUGUUCCAGAACAUCAUUCAAUAUAAAGAUAUCUUAACUGUAGCUAAAAACUAUACCAAUGCUACAAUUUCAAACCUGAAUACUUUAGGGAACUACAUCAUUGAAGUAUGGGCAACAAGUAAAGGUGGAAAAGGUUUAGCAGCUAUAACCAAUUUGAAUACUAAAGAUCCAAGAGUUAUGGGUUUGACAAAACAAGAAGUACCAUAUUAUUAUAUUCUUCCUAUCUUACUUCUCCUUUUUGGUGUAGUGAUUUUAGUUGCUGUAUCUAUGUGUUGUAGAAAGCAUCUAAAAAAUCAGGGCUUCCCUUGGGGUAUUGCUGAUGUUGAUGACAAUUUGCGUCGUUUUUUAAUACCUGUAGAAAAAAUUGAGUUAAGGGAAGUUGUUGGUCAAGGUGCAUUUGCUAGUGUUCACAGAGGAAUUUAUAAUAGAAAUAAAAGUAAAGAUGAUAUUGCAGUGAAAGUAUUUCCAGCUGAAACUGUUAACAGACACAAUAUGCUUCACGAGAUAGAAAUCUUAAGUCUUAUUGGUCGUCAUGAUAAUAUUAUUGGAUUUGUUGGAUUUACUUUAGAUGUGGAAAAAAUGUAUCUCAUAUUUGAAUAUUGCUCAUAUGGAAAUCUUCACAAUUACCUUGUUACACUGAAACCAGAGCUUAUGCAUAUGAGGAGCCUUCCACCCUCUGAACGUCCAAGCCGCGAUUAUGGUAAGGGCCAUGCAUUAAGACUGUCAUCCUUUAUUUAUCAAGUUGCGAAAGGAAUGGAAUAUAUAUCAUCAUUGAAAUUGAUUCAUAGAGAUAUAGCAGCUCGAAAUAUUUUGCUUUAUGAUGAAAAAAGAGUGAAAAUUUCAGAUUUUGGACUUUCAAAAGAUGUGUAUCAGACUAAGUACUAUUCAUCUGAGACUCGGAAAAAGCUACCCAUUAAAUGGAUGGCUCCUGAGGCAAUUGAAAAGCAAAGAUUUAAUACUUUCACUGAUGUUUGGUCUUUUGGAAUAUUUAUGUGGGAAGUUUUUAAGCUUGGAAAAGAACCCUAUCCAGAAAUAAGAAAUGCUGAUAUUCUACAGUUUUUGAAACUUGGUUAUAGAUUGGAGCAGCCUCAUUGCACAAAAGCAUGGUAUGAUAUCAUGUUUUCUUGUUGGAACAUACAGCCAAAAGCUAGACCAAGAUUCAAAGAACUUGUCCAGAAAAUAGAAGCUGUCAUGGAAGUUGAUCGUACUUAUACUGUUCUGACUUGAAAUAUGGCUAUGUAAUCUCAUGCAUAUUUUUCACAUGGAUGCUUUCAUUUUUAGUAUCUUGAUAACAUAGCUAUUCAAUACAUUCAUUACAUAUGGGAUCUUUUUUUUUUUUUUUGAAUAAGAAGCAGGAAAUUUUUAUUUUUCACUUUAGUUUUUCUAAAAUUGUAGGUAUAUAUGAGAUGUGUUGGUUGAACAUAUUAAUUUGACUCGAAAAUACUAUGUAUUUUUAUGAGUACAUUUAAAAAUUGAAUUCAUUUAACAAUAAUAUUCUUAAUUCAAAUGUUCCAUAUGUAAUGCAGUGACUUGCAGUUUUUUAAUAUCAUCUACACAUGAUGACAAAUAUACUAAGCAUUUAUGUAUAUAUAUAGCAAGAAAGAAGGUACUUAUGUAUCAAUUGCAUACUUUUGGAAAACUAUUGGAUGUUAGUGAACGUAAUUAUAUUUCAGCUGUGGCUAACAUGACAUUUUUAGCAAUUAAUUGUUGGUAUGCUAUUAAUGCACAAGUACAAGAAGUGAAAAUAUUUAUUUCUUUACAAAUAAUUAUAUAUUAUGCCUUUGUUAUGUGACUAAUGACUAAUAUAGUGAUAAAUCUCUUAAAUAUAUUCUGUGAUAAAAAAUGGAUGAUAAGAGAACUAUUUAUUUUAUAACUAUUUGUAUUUAUUUGUAUAACUGCCUGUUUAUGACUAU